ACCUCCCCCAUUUCCUCUCCUAUGAUCCCGGGCACCCCAGAGAAGGAGCUGGAGCCGCAGCAGGAGGAAGAACAGAAACAGCAGGAGCAGCAGGACCAGCAGGACCAGCAGGAGGAGGAGGAACAGGAGCAGCAAGAGGAGCAGAUGGAGCAGGAGCAGCAGGAGGAGCAGGAGCUUGCUGCUGUGACACUGGGUCCUCCCCGGUGUCCUCAGAGCUCCUCCUCCUCAUCAUGGAGCACAUCAGAUGGAAGCUCCAGCAGCCAAGAAGAAGAUGACACACACUCUCUCCAGGCCCCAGCAGACACCAAGUCCUUGCCCAGAAACCUGCUAAAUGAGAAGGUGGCUGAUCUGGUGAAUUUCAUGAUCCUCAAGUAUCGACUGAAGGAGCCCAUCACAAAGGCAGAAAUGCUAAAGGUUGUCAUCAAAAGGUACAAGAAACAAUUCCCUGUGAUCUUCAAGAAAGCUUGUAAGUGCCUAGAGGUGAUCUCUGGCAUUGAUGUGAAGGAAGUAGACCCCCAAAUCCACUCAUAUGUCCUUGUUAACUCACUAGACCUCACCCAUGUUGAGACACUUAGUGAUAACCAGAGCAUGCCUAAAAAUGGUCUGCUGAUAAUCAUCCUGGGUCUGAUCUUCAUAGAGGGCAACUGCACCCCUGAGGAAAAUAUCUGGGAUUUCCUGAGUAUGAUAGGAGUGUAUGCUGGGAGGGAGCACUUCAUUUAUGGGGAGCCCAGGAAGCUCCUCACCAGAGAUUGGGUGCAGCAGAAUUAUCUGGUGUACCAGAAGGUGCCUAAUAGUGAUCCUCCACGGUACGAAUUCCUGUGGGGUCCAAGGGCCCAUGCUGAAACUAGCAAGAUGAAAGUUCUGGAAUUUUUGGCAAAGAUAAAAGGGACUGACCCCAUUACCUUCUCAUGCUGGUGUGAGGAGGCUUUAAGAGAUGAGAGAGAGUCAGGGCCAGAAUAA